GGUCAUGUUGGAAUGCAAAUGAAAAAAGUUGGUGUAGCUGUGCACCGCCGCUGUUACUGCUCCGUCCUCGCUGACAUCCUCCGUCCAGAAAUGUUGUGAGAGACCAGGGAAAACGGGGACUCGCGGAGAGGAGUGAUUCAUCAACGACACAGGAGAGCCAUUCAGAAGAGCCGGGGGUCAAAGGUGAGAAGAGCAGGGGGCACCAUGAGUGAUCCGGGGGCCUCUGCCACCACUGCAGCUGGCAGUACUGGGUCCACCACCACUCCCUCCACUUCCACCUCGUCCAGCACUUCCGGCUCCACUGGGGCCACCAGCAGUAGCAACAACAACAACAACAACAACAACAGCAGCAGCAGCAGUAGCACUCCUGCAGCCAACACCACUACUACUUCAACUACUACUACUGUUGCUACUAGUAGUGGUGGUACUACUAGUAGUAGUAGUAGUAGUACAAGUAGCAACUCCAGUAGUACUACCACAACUGGGAGAUCUGCCGUGCCUCAGAUAUCUGUUUAUGGUGGGAUAACUGACAGACAAACUGUGCAGGUUUUCCAGCAAGCCCUGCACCGACAACCAAACACAGCGGCUCAGUACCUGCAGCAGAUGUACGCGGCACAGCAGCAGCAUCUGAUGCUCCAGACUGCAGCCCUGCAGCAGCAGCACAACCUCAGCACAGCUCAGCUCCAGAGUCUGCAGGCAAGUAUUGCGGCUGGCCGGCAAAACUCGUCGCAGAACGGGACGUCUUCACAACAGACUGGAUCCACUCAGGCUACAAUCAACUUGACAACGUCUCCAGCAGCAGCCCAGCUGAUCAGCAGAGCCCAGAGCAUCAGUUCCACACCCACCAGUAUUUCCCAGCAGGCUGUUCUUCUGGGUGGCCCAUCAAAUCCUACCCUCACUGCCAGCCAAGCACAGAUGUACCUUCGUGCACAGAUGGCUCAGCAGAGUAACCUGGUGCAAGUGGCCCGAAGCCUGGGCCGAGCUGUUCCUCUGUCCCCUCAGCUCAUCUUCACACCGACAGCUACAGUGACAGCGGUGCAGUCUGAAAACUCACAAGCCUCUUCACAGAAUCAGGUCCAGAAUCUCGCCAUCCGCGGCCAGCAGGGGGCAGCCUCGUCCUCCUCACAGGCACAGACCCUGCAGGCGCUAAGCCUCAAGCAGAGCCCCGUUGCCAUUCAGCCCGCAUCACUGAAGAACCCCAGCCAAGGCAGUCAGGCGUCCACAGGAGGGAGGUCUGGCUCCACUGAUGGUUCUUCUGAAGGAGGGAAGAAAGCGGACACAACACCAGUCACUGAAGUCCGAGCUAUAAAUAUGAGCCGCAACGUCACAGCACCGCCUCUGAUCGCUCCGGCGUACACACAGAUUCAGCCCCAGUCGCUGGUACAGCCACACAAGCAACAACAGCAGCAGCAGUUUGUGGUCCAUCAAAGUUCCCAAAGAACAGGCCAGAUGCUUCAGACGGCCUCCAUCCAGCCAUCCCAGCACCCGGUUCCCGUCCUCCCCAAACCCGCAAAUCACCAGUCUUCGACGCCAAGCCAGCAGGCGACCAUCUUCCACUCAACCAUCAGUCCGCAUGCACUCCACUCAUCUAGCAAUCACGCCAAAGCUCAGCCUGUUCAGCUCACGGCCAUCAACCUCCAGAUCCAACCUACAGCUCCUCGACUACUCCAGGACAAUAAGGAUAAGCCGACAUCGCUGGUUGUGAGAGAGACAUGUCCAUCCGCUAAACCACAACAAAAACAGCCACAGCAGGCACCAUUACAGCAACAACAGGCACAACAACAGCCGCAGCCAAAACCAGCUCCUUCACCGUUGCAGCCCACCAAACCCGUGGAGCCUCAGAAAGUCGACCCGGUUGCCCCUGCCGUUCAGCCUCAAGGAGUUGCAGUCGCCAAGAGGCAGCCUGCUGGGACGCCACCUCCAGUCAUGACCUCAGGGACUGAGAGUGAAGCUCCGACGAUGACGGGCUGCACCCCUCAUAAUGGAGAGAACAAGCCACCACAGGCCAUCGUCAAACCUCAGGUCCUCACUCACGUCAUCGAAGGCUUCGUCAUCCAGGAGGGGGCUGAGCCGUUUCCUGUUUGUGUGGAACGUCUGCCAGUCCUCAUCGACAGCCCGAGGAAACUGGACCAUCAGCUCUCUUCAGAUCCCGACAAAACUCCCGUCAGCAACGCAGCAAACUCAGACUCUGAGCCCGAUGAGUUGAACCCACCAGAAAACGAGCAGGAGCCGAAGCUGACGUGUGAAUAUUGUGGAUGGGUGGACUUUGCCUAUACGUUCAAGGGCUCAAAGCGUUUCUGCUCUGUGGUUUGUGCGAAGAGGUACAGUCUGAGCUGCACGAAGCGUCUAUCCAUUUUCCGUCCAGACAGAAGCAAACCAGCCAAACGCUGGCACAGAAGAGGUCCGGGCCGGCCGAGCCUGGAGUCCAAGAAGCAGAAACUCUCUCCAUGCCAGCAGACGGCGAGCGGCUCCGUCUCCUCACCACACCUGUCGCAGCCGAGCCAGGAAGAGUCCAGUCCUUGUUCCGACAUCUCCAGCUACGAGGAGCCGCAGUCCCCUGCGUCUGCAGCCAGUUUUGGACCUCCAGCCCCGACGCCCGUCCAACCUCAAGUCAUCCGACAACAGAGUCGGACCUCUGAUCACGAGGACCGUGCGGCCAGAGAUGCCCCUGCGGUCUGCCGGCGCCUGUCGGGCGACGACCCCACCAGGUGGAACGUGGAGCAAGUGUACGAGUUCAUCUGCUCGCUGCCAGGUUGUCAGGAGAUCGCAGACGAGUUUCGCUCGCAGGAGAUUGACGGACAGGCGCUGCUGCUGCUGAAGGAGGACCACCUGAUGAGCACCAUGAACAUUAAACUGGGACCAGCACUUAAGAUCUUCGCACGUAUCAACAUGCUCAAAGACUCGUAGCAGGAAUGAGUGUGUGAAGCUUCGCGGGCACAAAAGCACUGAGGACACGAUGACCUCUCUUCCUACAAUUUCGUUCAGGUCAUUGGUUAGUCUCGGGAAGCACUUAGGAAGUCGAUGAGUAGCAGCUCAGACACGUGUGCCGACAGUGAAUCCGGAUACCAGUGGGACAUCAGAUCAAAUGUUUACAUCAUGUGUUUACUAUUGGGUCAGAGAGACCGUGAGUCAGUCCGAGUGUGUGAGUGAGUGAGAGCCAUUGCGUGAGUCCCAGGCACGAUCCAUUGAGGUGUUACUGAUCAGAGAAUCUCAGCUAUCUGGCGCGUGGCAUCAGUCUGUUCCGAGUCACACUGAGCUCGGGAGUCUGGCUAUUUUGUGUGCAUCUCAAAUCGGUCCGGUGUCAGUCACUCAUGAGUGAGUGCAACAGUAAAAUAAAUAAACUAAAAUAAAAUACAAUAAAUGUCAAGCAAUCUGAGGGCUGGGCCCGGUCCAAACAGCUCAGUCUGAAGAUAGAGCUCUGAGACUCUAUUUUAAAGGACCUAAAGUCACUUCAUGUUCAAGAUUUUCAAAACGCACUCACAGACGUUUCUCACACCAACAAAAAUGAAACCGAUUUGGCAACUACUCUGGAUUGUUAAACGGUUUUCAGACUCAGAUGUUCUGGCUCACUGUGUUUGGGUCCGAGCCAAGUGUGACAGCACAGUCAAAAGCACAAAACAUGAAUGAAAUGAGUAACAGCUCUGUCUUUGGCUCUGUUGAACAAUUCAGUCUUCCUGUUUUGUCACCGUCUGUAAGCUGGAAACUAUUGCUUACAAUUCUGCUGGUUGUCGCUUGCCACUCAACCUGUGGUUCUGAUCUAGAUAGUUGAUUCUGAACUGGGUCGCGGCAAACCUCAGUCGCACAAGUCGAAUGCAUCUGUCAGUUUAAGGAAGAGGCCUGUUCAUCGACACGAACCGCCGCUGCCCACUUAGUAAUUCAAAGCUGUCGGAAACAAAGACUCAGAAAUCAACCAGACACAGCCCCGGAAAACAAGUCCAGGCUCAAUACAGGGAGUCUGAAAACUCCCUGUUUAGAUGUGAAGGACUUGCUCUGAAAGACAGUCCAGCUGUGCCUCUCUCUCUAUCUCUCUCUCCAAAAUCCAUGAAACACACUGGAGGUUUGUUAGAGCAACUGUUUUUCAAUUUGGAUGUGACGUCCAUUGUGAAUUAAGGUUUCAAAGCCCAAAUGAACAAUGUGAACUGGAAAAGGGAACUUGAUUGAUUUGGCACAGCAAUAAUUAUCUUCUGGGUGCAGUUUUUUUUUUAGAAUGACCAUUUUCAGAUCUCAGUACAUUUCAGUGGAAAGUGACUGAACAAACUCCCAUCUUCCACUCUCCAUUGCGUUCUGCCCACAAACUUUAUAAUCGGACUGCUCCGUCACUCAAGCUCGUCAAGAAUGUUGCCUUCCAGGAAUCUUUAUUUGAAUUAUUUUCGAGUAGACACUUGUACAUAGCAGUUGAAAGCGUGUAAACUGUUGUUUGUGUUUAUUAAGUUAUGUUUGUUUUACGUUUGAAAACAGAAGUGAUGUUGAAUAUUUUUGAAAUAUGCAAAUGUAUAAAUCUUAUGUUUUUCUAACGAGAAUGCGUUUUGUGGCUUUGGCUGGCUUUUUGUAAACAAUGUCUUGUAUUUAUCAGAAACUUUGUUACACAGCUUUUUUGCAAUGAUAUAUAAAUAACUUGCAAUAUACUUCUGGGUGUUGGAAUUUUUUUUCCAGUUAAGCAAUCUGCCAUUCUU